UGUUACCUCGCCGGUGAGAAGAAGGCACCUGGCUGCUCUUUUUCCUGCUCGUUAUUCUGCGAUCAGAGAGAGAAAUUACAAACUGCUCACACAUGCAGAUGUAACAGAAAUGUUCACCCGCUGAGGCGCAAAAUGAGGCGAUAUGUUGUACUGUGUCUUUUGCUUGCUGGUGAUCUUCAACUUGUCCUUAACUCGCCAAUUCUUGGAUCUAAAAACAGUCCCAGACUUUUUAAAAAAGAUAUACUCAGUGGUGGAUUUAAAUACCAAGUCCAUCAAAACCACAGCGUGCUUUUCUAUCAUGAGGACUCUGACGAGAUGUACGUUGGAGGGACUGAUUUUGUCUUUAAACUUGAUGCGGGUGACUAUCAUGUUAUAGAGAGAUUUCCUCUGAAAGCCCUGGGGUACCGACAGUGCCAGGAGGGCCGAUGUGAAAAUGUCAUCACCGUGAUUGAGAAGUUUCAGGACAGCAUGUUUGUCUGCGGCACCAAUGGACACAAACCGCAGUGUUGGAAGCUGUUUUCUUCAGUGAACAACCAGUCAAACGAAAUAGUGGAGAGCUACGAGGGGACGGGCAUCUCUCCAUUUGUUUAUACACAUAACUCCAUCUCCCUCACGGUCGAGGGGGAUCUAUAUUCAGCAGCACCUUUGGAUGUGGAUGGAAGCUCAUUACAGUUCAGAAGGAAAGCUGGCAGCAGAACUAAUGUCUGGAUGUAUGACAACUGGGUCUCAGAGCCCACAUUCAUCUCUGCGUCCUGGGUGAGGCGGAGGGAAGACCCCGACAACGAGAAAAUCUACAUCUUUUUCCGUGAAAAGAACUCGGAUCACAACCCGGAGGCCGACCCCUGGAUAUCGAGGGUUGCCAGAGUUUGUAAGGUAGAUGAAGGCGGGUCAAAAAGAUUCUUCCAGAACAUUUGGACAUCCUUCCUCAAGGCUCGGCUCGUCUGCGGGUUCCCAGAAGAGUCGCUGUAUUUCAACCGUCUUCAGGACAUCUAUGUGAUGCAUGCUGAGGACUGGCAAAAGACAAGAGUCUAUGCCCUUUUCACCAGCAGCUGGAAUGCCACCGCAGUCUGCAUCUACUCAAUAGAAAAGAUAGAAGAAGUAUUUGAGAACUCAGCUUUCAAGGGCUAUGAUAAAGACAUUCCCACACCGAGGCCUGGAACGUGUGUAAAAAACAGCAGGAUGCUGCCGCUGGCCACUAUCAACAUGGUGAAGGAUUACCCAGAGAUGACUGACUGGGUGCACUCUGAGCAUUAUGCAGCUCCAUUCUAUGUAAGCAGCCACAACUACACCAAAAUAGUUGUGGACCAGAUUGAAGCUGCAGACCAGCACAUGUAUAACAUCCUGCUUCUGGCCACUGACUCUGGGAUGAUCCAUAAAGUCUUAGAGGCCGGGUCAGAACCUUUCAUCAUCUCUGAAACCCAACUCUCCAGCCGCUCCCCCCUUCAAUCAAUGACGCUCGACUCCAAAAAGAAAAAGUUAGUGUUGGGAUUUUCGGAGAAGAUUUCUGUCGUAGACCUCCAGAGGUGUCAGGAGAUCAAGUCUUGUGAAGAUUGUGUCCUGGCCCGGGACCCGUACUGUGCCUGGACCAACUCCGGAUGCACCCCAACUCUCCCUGGGAGCAUUCAGAAUGUCACUGAUGGGAACAAAAGUGUGUGUCCUUCAGCAGUUGAAGAACAAAAACAGGUAAACCGGACCAGACGAGAGACAGUGUCACCAUUACCACUGGAUUUGGGGACGACUCACUCGGUCCCCCUGGGUGUCCCUUUCUAUCUGUCCUGUCCUAUAGACUCUUACCACGCUGAGUACACCUGGGAGCAUGGAGGCCAGAGCAGCCCUUGUUUGCAAAUGCAGUCCAACUGCCUGCACCUCAUCCCCAAUAUGGAGCAGGUGCACUACGGCGGCUACCAGUGUGUUUCCAAAGAGAAAGACUACACCAAAGUGGUGAAAACUUAUCAUCUUACAGAGCAAAGGAUCACAGAGACAAAUGAAAACACUGACAGAAGCAGUACCCCUUUCCCUCGAAAUGGUGUGUUAGCUGCUGGGCGGCAGACAGCAUGGAUCACACUGGGAUUAGCUGUAACAGUUUUGGGGUGUGCACAAAUGCCUGUUUAAACCUUUCGCUUUGGAAAGCUUUUCUGUUGGUCCAGAAUGUAGCAUCAACAUCCUCUGGCCCUUUGUCCUUGCUUUAAGGCCAAGACGCAGGCAGAAUAAAAGGAAAUCCACUUUAACAUCAAUGAAGACUGCAGCAGCAGGAACACUCCCACUGAGAAUUGUAAAGUUUAUUUGUACAAGUGUUCAUGUAGCUGUGUUUGGCAGAAAAGUCUGCAGGAACCCAUUGUAGCCAAGUUUCGUUUUGAAAGAGAAGCCAGGAAGAGGUUGGUGGAGAGGGAAAGUAGCACGAGCAGUCAGCUGCAGCAUGCAGCCUGAAUGAUCUGAGGGGUCUGGAUGGUAUUUGUUUGGAUCAGCUGAUGAUCACUCAGUGACGUCAGCAUCCUUAAUGCAUUAAGACAAGGUUUCAUUGAGUGAGUAAGUCUCUUUUUUAAGAUAAGAGAAUAAAAAGGGAACGUUUAAGAAGUUAACAGGACAAAUUCUUAGUCUAAAUUAAAGCACACCUUUAAAAUGUAAUCAUGAGUGCAAACGCUUCAAGUCAGGGAGCGACAGACAGAACAGAACACAGUAAGUAGGUGUGGUGUCGGGCUGUGCAUUCUCACUGGACUCACCAUUAUUACGAUUAUCGUAUAGUGUAAAUUAAUUAUUAGAUUCGAUUCCAUGCAUUGCAUCGUCAAUUUUCUAUAUUAAUGCACAUGGCUACUUUUUCAUCAAUACAUUCAAGCAGUCAGCUAGCUACGUUCUCUUACAGUUCAAAAUGACGCUGCUACCAUACAGCACAUGUUGCUACCAGCAAGUUCUCUUCAUCUGUAGAAUUUUAUUGUCCAGCCAUGGCUGGAAAAUCAAAAUGCAAUAUUACGAGGCCAUAAUCAAUAAUGUGCUGUCACUGCAUCGAUGCAGAAUCGUCCACUUCCACAUAGUGAUGCAUCUCAGAAAAAAAUAGUUUCAACACCUCUAGUGUGGUGUAGUAGAAGUAGCCGUGUGUACACAUGUUGAGGCCAGCUCUGUGGUUUACUAGAGGUCAGAAAAAUACAAUGGUCCGGUGCACAUUUCCUCUGUGCUCCCUCCAGUGCAUCGCUCACAGAUUUUAUCAGAUUUGUAUCACAAUGUUUAGGGAGGGGUGGAAGCAGCUGGGGGACCCUCACUGAAUUUCCCUGUUUUGUUUAACCCUCCCACUGGGAUUACAGUUGGUGGUGAGAGGGGCAUUUCAAAAACGUGCAAUGAAAAAUGUUUUGUUGCAAAGUAUGACUACUGAGAAAAAGUUGCUUCGAAUUUUUGCAUUUACACACAGGAAAGCAUCAAUAUUAGCUGCAGUUUGAGCAAUAGACCAGUCCCACAUUUCCACUUGAUGUAGAACAGAUUUGAGCUGGUUGUUGAAGGAGAUAGUUUUUGCACACAUCUGUCACUUUACUGUCAUAUGAGCUACUUUUGUAGUCAGUUAUUUAUAGUAGAGCGAGACAAUGUAACUUUUGCCUAAUGGUGGCCACAAGUUCUAAUUAAGGGAUAAAUGUUGAAACACUGUAACAGCAGCAAUAUAAGAGAAAAGUCACAGAACUGCCUUAGUAAUGUCCAUCGUAUAAUAUAAUAUAAUAUCUGCCUAAAGUUUGCUUGCAUGAGCUCACAUCAGACCAAGUAAUGCUGCAGCAGCAAAUCCUGAGUGUGUUCAGUUAAGCAGCAAUUUGUUUUAUUCCUUAUAAAUUCAACUCUUCAUUUGUGAAACCAAGACAUUCCCCUUUCAGAGCUUUGAUUUAAAGUGGACAGUUUUUUUCUUUAACUUGCACAAUAUAAUGGCUGUCAAAUAAUGAAAAGGGAUCUUAUAGUUUUCUUUUUCCUCUUUAAACAAGAAAUUUCACCUUAAAACCACUAAGCUAAAGAUAUUUAUUAUGUUCAUUGUAUUUUUGGUACAAUCUUUUGUGUUUUCAUACUUCAUAUUUUUACAUGUACAAGUAAUAUGUGUCCUUAUAAUUUCUAAAAAUAGUAUAUUUUUCAUAAUGAUAGUGUGAAAAAGGCUACCUGAAGAAUGUAAGUUAUUGAUUUCCUGUUUAUUAAAAGGCAGAAAAUCUGUUCAUAAGGA